CACAGAUCCUUCACGUGAGGGUGCAGGCGACAGACACACGCACUGCAGCUGUGACAGCUUUGGAGUGGAAAACAGAAGCGGCUACGCCAACGUGGAGCUUGUUGCGUUCGAUGCGCAAGAAGCUUGUGGAGUAUGACAUCCUGCAUCGAGCGGCA